AUGCGCACAAAGGAGCCCGCCGUGCCGUUAGCUCCCCAGGACCAGAUCUGUGCUGUGCAAAAGCGCCUGAGCUGGAGCAGGAGCGGCUUGGAAGGCGAGGCGAGGCGCGCGCUCAGCAGCAGCCGUGCAACGAAUCCCCAAAGCGAGGCGCGCACAGCGCCUGCCUCCGACGACGACGAGCCCAGCCCCGGGCAGCUGGAGCAAGAGCGGAGAAGCGCUUGCAUGCGAAUUAAUCGGGGAGGGAUUACAUCUCCUCGCGGAGGGUUACCAAGCGCGUUCCAUCUCUUGGCCCAGCCCCUUAACGCUCCGGAUCUGCCGAGGCGUCUUCGCCGGAGGUUUUGUGAGGAGCUCUCCGAUUGGCCGAAGGGACCCUGCAAUGGUUGGCGGGCAAGAGCCGGGCGCCCGGAUUGGCGGCCUCGUACCUGCAAUGCGUCAAGCAGUGAUGCUGGAGUGAAUGUGCCGGAGAAGGGGUUUUGUGUGAAUGGCGGGGGGAGGGAAUGGAGGGCGACUCCUUUGCGCGUGGUUUGCGCCGCCGCCGCUCGCAUCUGCUAG